AUGUGUAAAGGGCAUCAGCUUUUUUUUUUUCAUUUCACACGUUGUAAGGCUCAUCGCAUGGAACAAUCACAAGAACAAGAGAACAAGAAGAUGGGACACAAUGAAAUGAUGCGAGCUCAGGAUGAGGACCCUUCAACGAUGGACCAAUCGAAUAGCGCAACCCCCGUUAGCAUCGAGGGCAAGGGCGCAAAACAAAAAGUGCCGGUCAAAUACAUAGCGAAUCCCGCCCGAAGACAUGUUACAUUUGCCAAGAGACGUCACGGAAUCAUGAAGAAGGCAUAUGAAUUGUCAGUUCUCACAGGAGCCAACGUCCUACUCUUAAUAUUGUCAAAAUCAGGAUUAGUGUACACUUUCACUACACCAAAAUUGGAACGUAUAGUGAGGGAACAAGAGGGCAAGAGACUGAUACGACAAUGUUUACAGGAAGAGACAAUGGGAGAGACAACGUAA